CACUUAUCGCGAAACACCCCCAACUCUUACUGCAUGGAUGAACGACAACAUUCCCCGACGGCAGCCCGACAUUAACGCCUUGUCAACCCCCUGCCGCCAUCAUGGCUCGCCAACGGCGACAGUCGGUCUCAUCAGACAUGAGUUCACUGCCCGAUCAGAACCAGGAACUAAGCAGCAUGUACGACUACCUGGCCAAAGUCGUCCUCCUCGGGCCCUCGGGCACCGGCAAAUCCUGCCUGCUACACCGUUUCGUCAAGAACGAAUGGCGCGUCCUAUCCUCUCAGACCAUCGGUGUCGAAUUCGCCAGCAAGAUCGUGAAAUGCGGCACCGCCCCUCACAGGCGCCGCAUCAAACUCCAGCUCUGGGACACCGCGGGUACCGAACGUUUCCGGAGCGUGAGCCGCUCGUACUACCGCGGCGCCGCCGGCGCCAUCCUAGUCUACGACGUCGCCAGCCUGUCCAGCUUCAACGCCCUACCGACGUUCCUAAGCGAUGCGCGCGCGCUGGCGAGCCCGCAAUUGACGGUCAUCCUGGCCGGGAACAAAUCAGAUCUUACGGACACGGACACGUCGAAAACACAACCACAACCCAUGAACGGCAGCGCAAAUGCAGGUCAAGAUCAGCAACAACCCACACCCUCGGGGUCCAGCGCCUCAAGUCGACAGUCCUACUUCCCCUACGACUCCGGAGGCACGCCCGGCAGCACGCCUGCUGGAACCACACGCUCGCGCGCCGACUCCCUCCUCCACACGUCCAACAAAUGGACCGCCACGACCACCACAGAAGGAAGAGAAGUCCCCUCGGACCUGGCCGCGCGCUGGGCGUCGCAGGUCCGCAUCCCCGUGACCAUGGAGGUCAGCGCCCUGACGGGCGAGAACGUCGACGAGCUCUUCACACGCCUGGCCCGCAUGAUUCUGACAAAGAUCGAGCUCGGCGAGAUCGACCCCGACGACCCGGCCAGCGGCAUCCAGUACGGCGACGGCGGGAAUUGGGAUGCUGGGUCGACCAUACGGUCCGGCGCGACGGCUGAUGAGGGCGGGACUCUUCGGAGGAGGCGGAAACGAGGCACGGGUAGGAAUGGGAUAUUGGGCGGCCUGAGUGAGUGGGAGGAUGUGUUCCGGCGGCCGCCCUCGAGAGCGGGAGGGAGGUGUUGUUGACACGAUGACCACAAGGGCAUGAUCAAGAGCGUAAUGACUGCAUGACCAGCACUUGAGCCUUUACUUAGACUUUGGUUUUUGGGACUGGGAACGGCGAGCAGGCGGGAGUCAGGCGGACACCAGAUGGCAGUCUCUUGUACAGACACUUCCCCGGAGGCCCCAACUUACUAUGCAUCGAGUGUGCUGGUUCACAUGGUGCAGAUAAUGUUUAAUAACUUGAUUUGUCGAGAUAGGAUUGUGGAGAUGGGUAUACUUUGUUUUUCAG